GUCCUCCUUACUGGAUGACAUGAUGAACGCCCCCAUACCUGCAGUCAAGAGAAGGGCAUGUGUGACAUGCACCGCAGCCAAGGCGAAAUGCACGCCGCAGACUGCCAACAUGUGCCAGCGAUGUGCUCGAUUGGGCAAAUCAUGCACUUACCUCGACCUUCCGCAGACGAAACGGAGGCAUAAGGCUGCUGCACCGAGCCGUGUGGAGGUGCUAGAGAGGAAGGUUGAACAGCUGAUGUCGCAGCUGGUUGCCUUGACUCAACCGAACGGACACACAACGUCGGACGAUGCGUCGACUACUACGCCCACGACCAUCCACGAUGGGGUUCCAUCUCGGGAUGCGGAUGCAGAUGCAGAUCUGGGUUCGACAGACAUUGCCGCGAUGCUAGACGCGGCCAAAGACGCCUCGCACGGCCUCGAUCCGCCGACCGGCUCUGCGUUGGCGGGCCAGCCGUCCCUCGUCGAGCGAGGGCUCUUGAGUGCAGCCGAGGCGGAGCGCUUGGUCACGACCUUCCAGCGCGACUUCGUGCUCACCUUCCCCUUCGUCGUGCUUGCCCCCGGCGAGACAGCCGCUUGCCUCCGGGCCCGCGAGCCGUUCCUGUUCUUGUGCGUCGUGGCCGCGACCAUCGGCAGUGCGCAUCCGCUGCGCAAGACCGUCGCCGCGGAGAUCAUGAAGCACGUCACUUGCAGGGUCGUGGAACACUCCGAGCGAAAUCUCGAGUUGCUCCGCGGUCUGUUGGUCCACUGCGCAUGGUACUCGUACCCGGCAGAGAAGAACCAUCCGCGACUAUUGUUGUUGAUUCAAUUUUGUGUUUCGAUGGUGCAUGAUCUGGGACUGCACAGGAAGCCGGCCCUAAGUGCCGAUGAGCAGCGGGCGCUGCUCGGUACGUUUUGCGUAUCGGUUGGUGUCUAUAGCACGCUUGACCGCCCGAUUACCAUGAAGCAUAAUAGUCGAACCGAGGAGUGCCUCGCGGGCAUAGCAUCUGCCGAGCGUUCGUCGGAUCGGUGGAUUGCGCCGUUCAUCCGCCUAGAGACCUUCUUGGUAACAAUGGAUGAAGUUUACGCUUCGGUACAAGCAAGCGGCGGAAGUAUGCUUGUCCAGGUCACGCGCGGCGCUCUACGGCGGCAAUUCGAUAGCUUGAGCGCGGACAUCGAAAAGGAUCUCUCAAGCUACCCUUCAUCGACAGCGAAUGCGAUCCGCAUUGAGAUCAAACAUGCAGAGCUGCGGCUCGAGGAACUAUCUCUCCGGGAGGACCUGUGGACCGCCGAGCCCGCGAGCGCAGUCCGGACGACGAUGUUGAUGGACCUCAUCCAGCGAAGCAAGGAGCUUAUCCGCACGGCCAGCCACCUCCCCGUGUCGGAGAUCGCCCAGGUGAACAUCACUACAACUGCCCAUGUAUGCGCCGCCGUGGGCUACGUGCCCACCGCCGUCUUCACCCUUCUCCGGCUCAUCACUACUACUAAUACCACCGACGGAGGCCCUAUCAACAGCGGCUCCGCCAUAGAAACCCAGGUGCAGGCCGUCGUCGACGCAGCCGACUAUCCCAAUCUCAUCACCGAGCUCGCCAACACGCUGGACACGCAGUUCGAGGGCAUGUCGACGGCAGCCAAGGAGGCGGACGUCACGGGCAGCCUGUGCUUGAAAAUGCGGCUGCUCGCCCGGUGCUACCCCUACCAAAUCCGGGCUGUUGUGGGCAGUGCGACUGUGCCCGCCAACCAACCCGCAGUCUCGAGGCACGAUCCGUCGAUGAUGGCGGUUGACGCCGCCAAUGAGGCUACCAUGCCACCACCACCCCAGAUCUGGCCGUCGGUCUACGGCGACGACAACUUGGAGGAUAUCUUCCCCGUCGAUGACAUCCAGUGGGAUUCUCUGCUGAGCAAUUUUACGGGGUUCGGCUGA